GGCCUUCCUUCCUACCCUCUCUUGCUUCGUCCUCCUGUUUUCCUCCUCGUCCUUCCAAGAACCCUCCUCCUUCCCCCUUUCCCACGCCUCGAAUUAGGGUUUUUGAAUUCCCCGCAAGAGAUCCCUCCUACAUUGCUCCAGCCCCGGCUCUCUCCCAUAAUUUCCGACAAGGAUCCUUCUAGACAUCGAUCACCGUUUCUCAACGCACUUUCUGAGGUUUUCUUGGUCCGAUUCGGUUCCCAGGUGAUGGAUACCCCCAGCGGAGGUUCUGAUCCUUACAGGACCCCUUCCUCCGGUAGUGCCGGAGGCGGCUCUUCGAGGAGGUACGUUAUCCCUUACUCGGCGUCUAAUCUCAUCCAGGCACCGUUGUCGGCGCUCCUGGAGUACUCCGGGAUCUUGCGGCCCGAAGCGAGCCAAUCGGAAAGCGAGAGAUUGAUCGGCGGGGGAUUACCGCUGCCAGAGGUUGGUCCUGCCCGGGUGGACGAGUCUUCCACGUCCCCCACCGGCGGCGGUGGGGAGGUGUCGAUAAGGAUAGUGGGGGCUGGCGAUCAGGAGAGCCUCCGGGUGGCGUCGAGCCAGCUGCAUCGUUCGACUCUGGGUCCCGGUGGAGAGGUGAAUUCUGGUGUUGUUGUCCCUGGUGAGCUGAUCGCUGCUUCAUCCGAGAGGCAGGGAGGAGAUGGAGUAAGUGAUAAUGGGGUUGGAGAGGGGGCCUCGCCGUCUUCUUCUGUGCCGACAUCUGACUCCGCAUUUGGCGGCCACAGCGCAGAUGGUGAUGUGAACAUGACAGGUAACAACAGGGAUUCGUCGUAUCAGAGAUAUGAUAUACAACGGAUCGCUAAAUGGAUCGAGCAGAUACUGCCAUUCUCGUUGCUUCUUUUGGUAGUCUUUAUCAGACAGCAUUUGCAGGGUUUCUUGGUCACUAUUUGGAUCUCAGCAGUGAUGUUUAAGUCCAAUGCUGUUUUGAGAAAACAGACUGCUUUAAAGGGAGAGCGAAAAAUAUCUGUGAUUGUUGGAAUUAUACUGGUCUGCAUGGUACACGUAUUUGGCAUCUACUGGUGGUACAGGAACGAUGAUCUCUUGUAUCCACUAAUUAUGCUUCCUCCAAAAGAAAUACCACGAUUUUGGCAUGCCGUAUUUAUUAUAUUGGUUAAUGAUGUAGUGAUGCGCCAAGCAGCUAUGGUUGUGAAGUGUAUUCUCUUGAUAUACUACAAAAACUUUAAAGGCCGUAGCUAUCGUAAGCAGGGUCAAAUGCUAACUCUUGUAGAGUACUUUCUACUUUUAUACCGCUCUUUAUUGCCAACUGCUGUUUGGUACCGAUUCUUCCUGAACAAGGAAUAUGGGAGCCUGUUUUCAUCUCUUACUACUGGACUGUAUCUUACUUUCAAGCUGACAUCAGUUGUAGAGCAGGUUCAAUCAUUUUUUGCUGCAUUGAAGGCACUAUCACGUAAAGAAGUACAUUAUGGGUCUUAUGCAACGUCUGAACAGGUAAUUGCAGCUGGUGAUCUGUGUGCCAUUUGCCAAGAGAAGAUGAAUGUUCCUAUUCUACUUCGUUGUAAACACAUAUUCUGUGAAGACUGUGUCUCUGAAUGGUUUGAAAGAGAAAGGACAUGCCCAUUGUGCAGAGUUCUGGUUAAGCCGGCAGGGCUGAGGUCAUUUAGUGAUGGUUCGACGACCUUGUUCUUCCAGCUAUUCUGAUUCCUGCAUUGGCGAGAUUAACUUAUUGCCUCUAAUGCCAGACUGUGUUCUGGAAGAUGCAGGGACGAUCUUGUGUUCUGGCACUGUUAAACUCUCUCUCUCUCUCUCUCUGGAUCUUCGGGGAAGCAUCUCUAAAAAUGCUGUUGAGCUUUGUUGAGACAGCCCAUGGGCGCAUAUUCUAUAUCCACUAUAUCUAUAAUCCCCCGUAUCAGGAAAUAUAAACAGAAUAGAUGCAAGAGCAAGUAUAUGAUAUGUAUAUAGUUCAUAUUUACCACACAUUGUUAUUAAUAAAACCUAUGUUCAGAAGUUUAGACAAAUAAUGUACUUGUGUGUGCA